CAUGGAAGACCCCACCCUCAAUUUAGUCCAAUAACCGUUGUGAUUAGUGUAUCUAAAACGAUGAACGAAAAUUAUUUCUAAAUCACCUUAACAUACUAAUAUUUCGAAUAUGUUUCGAACAGGUCUAUCGUAGUAUAGAGCUUAGGUCUUGUGUUUUUGUAGCUAAUUUUUGACACUCCGGAAACAACAGCGGAAGAGUAGAAAAUGGCCGCAUGGGACAUCAAAACAAAUGACUCGACGCAUAGAAAAUACGAAUCAUGCAGUGCUUUCCACAAUGUUUUAACAAAUCCGUAAAGACACACUGAUUCAGAUAGCUGUGGCAGUGUGGCAAGUUACUUAAAUAUGAGAUUAAGUAAGUGCUGGAGACAAAUGCUGGGAAAUGGCGAGACUGUCUCUACGGAAACUUUCUGUGAUUUGUCUGUGUAUUUCAGCAUUUCUUUUCCUUGUCAUCACUUUCCAGGUAGUGGAGGAGUUGGGUCAGUUUGAUGACACCCCAGUCAGAUGGGAGGCUCAAGGCACUAGUGAUCUGUUGACGGGCGACAGGAUAGCCGGCAGCUCAGAGCGCCGUUACCCGGUGAUCGUGUGGUGGUCCCCCCUCACCGGGGAGCAGGGGCGACUGGGAGAGUGCGGGAGUCACAGAUGCUUCUUCACUGUCAAUAGAUCCUACCAUGCCCACCCUUCCACAGAAGCUUUCCUGUUUUAUGGCACUGACUUGCAUGUGGAGAGCCUGCCUCUGCCCCGACACGAGCGCCACCAGUGGGCGCUGUUCCACGAGGAGUCGCCCAAGAACAACUACAAGCUGUUCCACGAACCUGUCGUCACCCUCUUCAACCACACGGCCACCUUCAGCCGCCACUCUCACCUGCCCCUCGUCACUCAGUACCUGGAGAGCCUGGACGCCCUUACCUCCCACGCCCACCUGGUGCCCCUGGCCCAGAAGAACCGCCUGAGGGCCUCGGGCCUGGCGCCGGUCGUGUACGUGCAGUCCGACUGCGACCCCCCCUCGGACAGAGACGUCUACGUGGCCAAGCUCAUGCGCCACAUCCCGGUGGACUCGUAUGGCCAGUGCCUGCAUAACCGCGACCUGCCCGCCCACCUGCGAGACUCCACUGCCAUGGACGACCAGGGCUUCUACCACGUCUUGUCUCGCUACAAGUUCAUCCUGGCCUUUGAGAACGCCGUAUGCGACGACUACAUCACAGAGAAGCUCUGGAGGCCGCUGAAGCUGGGCGUGGUCCCCGUCUACUACGGCGCCCCCAACGUGCCACACUGGCUCCCCAGCAACCGAAGCGCUGUGGUGGUCGACCCCGCCGCGCCGCCAGAAAGACUGGCUGAAUAUUUGCGGCGGCUGGAUGAGAACGAUGAGGAGUAUUUGACGUACCUGCAGUGGAAGUACAAGCGGGAGGUGACCAAUGAGGUGCUGGUCUCGGAGAUGGAGCAUCGUCCGUGGGGAGUGCAGGACCUGACCCAGAGCAACUAUAUAGAUGUGUUUGAGUGCAUGGUGUGCAACAGGGUCUGGGAGAACAUCAACAGGCGGAAACAGGGUCUUAAAUCUAAAACCUGGCAAGCGCAAGCGGACCACCUGAGAUGCCCUCGGCCACGGCUCUUCGACUUUGACGUGGGUCCAGUGGAGGGGCCGUCUUUGAGAAAUAUAUGGAGGCCGAGUUAUGACCAGUCCAUUAAAGAGGCACAAGCUUUGAGGCGGUUAGUUGUGAAGAACAAAAAUUUUACAAUGGCACAAUUUUGGAAAGAGGUGUUUCGCUUCUAGUUACAUGUAGAAUGGAGUUUGGAGAUGGCUUAACUUGUAAUGUUUACCCUGUGGAUUGUGCACCUUUUGUUCAUUACAUUAAUGGGAUGGUUGCAAGACAUAUCAUUUUUUAUAAUAUGCAUAUAUUGUAAUUACAGAUUUAAUUAAAAACUCUAUUACCAACACAUUGCACAUUGUUUUCACUAAGCACAAAUGUACCUCACAUAAAUGUUCACAAUUGUUAUAAUAUCAGACAGCUGUGUUUUAACAGAAUUGAGCUUCAAAAUACAUUGAAAUACAUGUAGACCUAUGUUUCGUAUUGUGUGCCUUGUCACAUCAGAACAAUAUUUGUAUGUAACUUUUAUAGAAACAUAUUUUGCUACACAGUUGGAAAUAAAAACAUUUUUGUCAACA